UCUCAACCCCCUCAGACCCCCCAAAAUGCCCCCAGACCCCCCCAAAAUCCCACUCAACUCUCAACCCCUCAGACCCCCCCAAAAUCCCCCCAAACCCCCCCCAAAAUCCCAUCCCAAAAUCCCACCCAA